AUGCAUUUUAUUUAUUGUAUUGCUGAAUUUCUUGUUAUGUUAUCACAUGAUACAUUUCAUUCAAAACAAGUUAUUAAAGUACAAGAUUUAAUAAAACAUUAUGAUUCAUUAUUAGCAAGUGGACACGAACCUGAAACACAUGGUAGGAAUAUUGAGACAUUUUCAUAUAUAACUAUUUUAUUUGAAUGUUUUAAAUUAUUAUGUUCAUCAUUUUAUAUCUCAUUAUUAUUACAAUGGAUACAUAUUCUGAAUAUACUUGAUUAUACACAAGAAGCAUGCUGGUCACCGACAUUAACACCAUCAUCAUCAAGAAUAAAUUUAUCUAUCAGUGGUCAAUUACAAUCUUAUUGUGAUUUAAUAUAUCAUCAUGAAUUAUAUGUUGAACAUUUUACAUCAAUAACCACACAUUAUCAAUUAUUAUUAUUAUUUUUUAUUUUAUCUUAUACAUCAUACAUCAAUACAAGUUCAAAUAAUUUAUUUACAAAUAUUGAACGGUUAGGCACACGUGAUUUAUUAUCCUAUGGACAACUUUCAUAUGAUACUAUAUUAACAUCAAUCCAAAGUAAUAAUACAUUACCAUUAUCAGUUAAUCUAUCUGAUUUAUUUACAUUAUCACAACAUUUAUCAAAUUUAUAUGAUGAAUAUUUUUGUACAUGGUUUGAUGAAGAUGAUUUAAUGAUAUCCUUAAUAAGUUAUAAUUUAUGUAAAUCUAGUAUAUUACUUGAACAAAGAACAAAAGAAUAUAAUGAAUUAUAUAUAAAUUUAAUGGAACGUAAUUAUAAAUUAAUAACUAAAACUCAUGCAUAUGCAUCAUGUUUAUUUUUACUUGAAAUUCAUGAAGUUGAUUUAAAUUCAUAUGAUAUUUUAUUAUCAUUAAUUAAAGAUGAUAAUUUAACACAAAAAAUUAUAUCAAUUAGUCUUGAAAAACUUUUAAUAGUUGAACAAACAAUAAUUGAUAGUUCAUCAAUAAUAUCAUCAUCAGAUAAUAUUCUUAUUGAACUUGUUGAAGAAUUACACGCACGUACUAAACAACCAUCAACAUUACCAUAUGAAGCUUUACUUUUAUUACGUCCUUUAUCAUUAUUACUUGCACACAUUAGUUUUUUUUCGUGCUUUAAUUAA